AUGGACCCUGUGGAGGACACGCUGCGGCGGCUGCGGGAGGCCUUCAACUCCGGGCGGACACGGCCCGCCGAGUUCCGGGCUGCGCAGCUCAAGAGCCUGGGCCACUUCCUGCAGGACAACAAGCAGCUUCUGCAGGACGCGCUGGCGCAGGACGGGGGUUUGCGUUCAGCCUUCGAGUCAGAGGUGUCUGAGAUCGCCAUCAGCCAGGACGAGAUCAACCUGGCCCUCAGGAACCUGUCAGCCUGGAUGAAGGACGAGUCGGUGACCAAGAACCUGGCCACACAGCUGGACGCAGCCUUCAUCCGGAAGGAGCCCCUGGGCCUGGUGCUCAUCAUCGCUCCCUGGAACUAUCCCCUGAACCUGAUGCUGGUGCCCCUGGUGGGUGCCCUCUCCGCAGGGAACUGCGUGGUGCUGAAGCCCUCGGAGAUCAGCAAGAGCACAGAGAAAGUCCUGGCCGAGGUGCUGCCCCGAUACCUGGACCCGAGCUGCUUUGCUGUGGUGCUGGGCGGCCCCCAGGAGACAGGGCAGCUGCUGGAGCACAAGUUCGACUACAUCUUCUUCACAGGGAGCCCCCGUGUAGGUAAGAUUGUCAUGGCCGCUGCCGCCAAGCACCUGACCCCUGUCACCCUGGAGCUGGGGGGCAAGAACCCCUGCUACGUGGAUGACGACUGUGACCCUCAAAUUGUGGCCAACCGUGUGGCCUUCUUCCGCUACUUCAACACUGGCCAGACCUGCGUGGCCCCCGAUUAUGUCCUGUGCAGCCCUGAAAUGCAGGAGCGGCUGCUGCCCGCCCUGCAGAGCGCCAUCACCCGUUUCUUUGGUGACGACCCACAGAGCUCCCCAAACCUGGGCCGCAUCAUCAGCCAAAAACAAUUCCAGAGGCUCCAGGGAUUGCUGGGCUGUGGCCGUGUGGCCGUCGGUGGCCAGAGCGACGAGAGUGACCGCUACAUUGCCCCCACGGUGCUGGUGGAUGUGCGGGAGACGGAGCCCGUGAUGCAGGAGGAGAUCUUCGGGCCCAUCCUGCCCAUCGUGAACGUCAGGGGCCUGGACGAGGCCGUGGACUUCAUCAACCGGCGGGAGAAGCCCCUGGCCCUGUACGCCUUCUCCAACAGCAACCAGGUGGUCACACAGGUGCUGGCCCGGACCAGCAGUGGGGCCUUCUGCGGGAACGACGGCUUCAUGCACAUGACCUUGACCAGCCUGCCCUUCGGAGGUGUGGGUGCCAGCGGGAUGGGCCGGUAUCACGGCAAGUUCUCCUUCGACACCUUCUCCCACCACCGCGCCUGCCUGCUGCGCUGCGCUGGGAUGGAGAAGGUCAACGAUCUGCGCUACCCGCCCUACACAGACAUGAAGGUGCAGCUGCUCAGCUGGUCCUUGAGCCAGAGCUGCUCCCUCCUGUGA